AUGUCUCCCGACACUGCACAGAUGAUGGCGGUGGUCAUGGCCUUCCUGGCCUUCCUCCUGGCCGGGUUCAACCCGUCCUUCAGCUCUCUUUCGGCGAUGCCCCUGGGGAUCGGGCCUAUCGUGAUGGCUCUAUCGCCCAUGAGAUGGGCCUAUGGCUUCUUGAUGCAUAAUCACAUGUUGCAGAAACUCUCCGGCUUCGCCAAUCCUAUGGUGCGGCUGUCGGCCCAAUCUAUGCUGGACGAACGUGGCAUGCCCCUGGAGUGGAUCAACAAGACAGGCUGGACCUGUUCCACUGGCUCGGUGGAGUGGAACUGGGAGGGUCAACACUGUGCGGACGGUAGCUCAGACUGCCCCGACUUCCGGCCGCCAAACGGCUUCGUCUGCAAGAUGACGCA